AUGCAGCGCACCUUCUAUUCUAGUCCCAGGUCUGACGACACCUCCUCGCGGCCAGUUGAGGUUAAAGGCCACGGGGGGCUCCAGGUCUGCGGCCAGCUCUGCCGGGGCCCCGCUUGCCCUGAAGGAGCCAGCGCUCGCCUGCGGAUGGCCGAGGGCUUUUCCGGGAACCACAGCCCUGAGGGCGUCGCCAUCUCUGUCCACACGAACGGAACUGUGUUUGCCACCGACGCCGACAUCACUUUCGUGGCUGUUACCAAGGAAACCACUCCCCUGGAGUUCACGUGGUUCUUCGGAGAAGACCCCCCAGUGAGGACCACGCGCAGCAGCGUCAGGAGGAGACUCCGUGUCCCCGGGUGGUACCGCGUGGUGGUCCAGGCUUCCAACGGGAUCAGCUGUGUGGCCUCGGAGCCCCUCCACGUCCAGGUGCAGAGCAGGGUGGUCCCCAGCCGGCUCGCGGCCGUCCCCUCGGCUCUGGUGAACGCCACCGUGGCCUUCGAGUGCAGAAUCAACUUCGGCACCGACGUUGCUUACCUGUGGGACUUCGGGGAUGGCGCCAGUGGCCUGGGGAACAGCUCUGCCAGCCACGUGUACAGCAGGGAAGGCGACUUCAUGGUUGAGGUCCUGGCCUUCAACGCCGUCAGCGCCGCCUCCCUAAGGAAGCGCCUCUUCGUGGUCCACAGGCCCUGCCAGCCGCCCCCGGUGAAGAACAUGGGGCCUGGGAGGGUGCAGGUGUGGAGGUCUCAGCCUGUGACCCUGGGGGUGACCUUUGACGGGGCCGUUCUCUGCGACAUCUCCCAAGGCCUUUCCUACACCUGGAGCCUCACGGACUCCACGGGGUCGCAGGUGCCCCUGCCCCCUGCCGCCAGCACUCACAGGCGGACCGUCACCAUCCCCGGCUACUUCUUGGAGCCCGGGAACUACACUGCGCUGGCCAAGGUGCAGGUGGAAGGCAGCCCCGUGCACAGCAACUACUGUGUGGCCGUGGAGGUGCGAGCCCGGGCCCCCGUCAGCGUGAUCUCCGAGGGCACACACCUGUUCAUCCCCAGGACCCCCUCGUCCACUGUCCUCCUCAGGGGGUCCCUGUCCUAUGACCCCGACAGGCCUGGGGCGGCUCUCAGGUAUCACUGGACGUGCACCCCAGCCAGCACCCCCGGGCGCCUCUGCUUCUCCGGGCCCUCUGCACGCAGCCUGGACACUGCGGCUCCCACCCUGUCCUUCCCGGCGGACUCUCUCAGCAGCGGCUAUGACCAGUUUCUCGUGACGCUGACAGUGUCCAGCCACGGCCGGAACUCUUCGGAGGCACAGGUGUUCCUGUCCACCCUCCACGACCCGGAGCGCAGGCUCGUGAGCAUCUCCUGGGUCACCUUCAGAGGCCUCCCUGUGAACUGGAACGAGGGUCUCUCGCUCCGGGCGGCCUGCGAGGACUGCGGGGAGGCCGCCCGGCUCUCUUACUCCUGGGACCUCUUUUUGGUCAACGCGACGGGAAGGGACGCAGAGGAAGUUCCUUUUUGCAGAGCUGUGGGGCUCCUGGGCUCCUCGGGAUUGGCGGCCACGUCGAAGUUAUCAGAGUCUUACCCACUGUCCCCGGGGCCACUAGGGGCUGAGCCCCGUGUCACACCUGUGCCGUCCUCGUGGGAGCCGUGGCCAGGGACCCUGGGCCGGGCUGACCUCUCAGCCACGGGGAGAACCUCCACGGAGUUCACGGUCACCGUGCACCACAUUCCUGCUGCUGGUGACACCAAGGCCCCAGACGGCGAUCCCUGGGACAAGGGGCCCCCGGGGAGCCCGACCCAUCACCCCCCUGGUGUUGAAGCUGAUUACGGUGACAUCCAAGAAGCAGUGUCGUCGGGAGGCCGGCAGCCGGGUGACUGGACCAGCUUCCACCUCCCAGGGUCAGGACAAAGUGCCGGAGCGGACGAGAGCCGUGGUGCUGGGGACAACCUGGUGGGCCCCUUCCUCCCCACGGCCGGCGCCGGGCCCGCGCUCCUGGUCGACUGGCCCAAGUCCCCCGUGAGCCGAGCCGUCUUCCGUGGCUACACGUCGUCCGGGGUCACGGGACAGACGCUGACGGUGAAGCCGUACUCACUGAGCCCCGGAGGGACGUACGUCCUGCAGGCCGCGGUGGCUUCGGGGCUCAGCCUUCUAGGGAAAGCUCAGCUGUACGUGACCGUGAACCCUGCCCCGGAGAACAUGGCCUGCCAGGUGCAGCCCCCCCGCGGCCUCGAGGCCGACACCAUCUUCGGCGUGUUCUGCAUGGCGGGGAGACCGGACUUCCGCUAUGAAUUCAGUUACCGGAUAGGAGGCGGCCCCCAGCACACCCUCUACCGCGGGACGGACGCCCAGCACUACUUCUCGCUGCCGGCUGGGGAGCCCGGGGAUGGCUACCAGGUCCUGGUGUCCACCGUGAUCACCGACAGCGAAGGCUCCCGGACGCAGCCCUGCACCGUGGCCGUGACGGUGCUGCCCCGUGUCCGUGGGGACCCCUGCCCCGGCGAGGACGUGUACAAUUCCAGCCUGAGACACCUCUCCACCCUGCAGCUGAUGGGCCGCGAGGCGGAAAUCAGGAACUACGUCGCCGUGACGGCCGCGGCCCUGAGCCGCUGGGCCGAGGGGGGCGGGGGUCCCUCCUGCGGCCAGUGGGCGCGCUUCCAGGACGCGCUCAUUUCUUCAGUGUGCGGAUUAGCUUCCCGGGACCAGGAGGAAGUGGCCGACUCUGUCCGUGUGCUGCGGGGCCUCCUGCGCUUCCCCAGCAGGCUGAGCCUCGCGAGCGCCUCCCUCAUCCUCGGACACGCCCGCUCGCUGCUGGCCCCCCGCCGGCUCCCCGCGUGCGCCGUGGUGCGGGGACUGGUCCUCCUCGCGUCCGGGGUCCUGGAGGUCACGGGCCACCAUCCGUGGAGGAGCUGGGGCCGCCUGCUGGAGGAAGGGGCCCAGGUCAUCUCGGACGCGCUGGGGGUACACUGCCCUCCUGGGAAACACGGGCUUGGCCCUUUCCGCCUGACCCGGAGGCUGACCCCGCCCGUCAGCGUCUGGCCGGGGCUGUUGCAGGGCUGCCUGCCCCCCGGGGGCCAGCACCAGCUCCACCUGAGCACAGGGCGGACGGAGGUCCACGCGCGGCUCCAUCGCCACCCUCGGAGCUCCCUGCAGAGCCUGGGCGCCGUCCGGGUGCGCUUCCCCGCAGACCUGGCCGGGCCAGAGCCGCGGAGCCCCUGCUACGUCAGCCAGCUCCUGCUCCUGAGCAGCCGCUCCUCCCCGCGGGGCCGCGCCCCCCGCCCCGCCUGGGGGUACCUAUCCCUGCUGGACGCCGACUUUGACAGGGACCCGCCGAACAAGCCCCUGGCCGAGGCCGUGAACUACACGGUGCGUCUGCAGGGGGCCCGCUGUCUGCUCUGGGACACGCGGCGCCGGGAGCCCGAGAGCUCCUUGCCGCAGCCGGGAGCCGCCCCGGGAACGGUGAACUGCAGCUACCACAGCCUCGGCCACCUCACCGCCUUCUCUGUCUCGAGGAGAGACCUGAACACCAGCUUCGAGACGGGCGACCUUUCCCAGUUCCAGGGACCCCCGGAAAACCUGCUCCCCAGUAUUUUCAUCGUGGCUUUUACGAUUCUUUAUGUACUUUUGGUGACUAAAAGCAAUCGUGUGGAUCGUCGUGAGAAGAAUAAAGCUGGUUAUAUUUUUCUGCAAGAGAACACGCCGCCCGGCCACCAGCUGUACGCGGUUGUCGUGGACACAGGCUUCCGGGCUCCCGCCCACUUUACUGCCAAGGUCUAUGUUGUUCUGUGUGGUGAGCGUGGCCUUUCGGACCCCAGGGAGCUCUCCUGUCCCAAGAAGCCGCUGUUUGAACGGAACUCCAGACACACCUUCAUCCUGAGCACCCCGGCCCCGCUGGGCCAGCUCCGGAAGAUCCGCCUGUGGCACGACAGCCACGGGGCCUCUCCCGCCUGGUUCGUCAGCCACGUGAUGGUGCGGGAGCUACGCGGGGGCUCCAGAGGCUGGUUCUUCCCCGCCGAGUGCUGGCUGGCCGCGGGCAGGCGGGACGGCCGCGUGGAGCGGGAGCUAGUCUGCCUGCGCGGGGGCCUCGGCUUCCGGAAGCUGCUGUUUUCCAAGUUCACGGAGCUCCUGGAGGACCUGCACGUGUGGGCCUCCGCACACAGCCGGCCCUCGGGCAGGGGCCUCCUGCACACUCCGCGCCUCAGCGUGGCCUUCGCCCUGCUGUGCGCCUACGCCUGCCUCGCCGCCCUGGCCACCGCCGCGGGGCACGAGCAGCUCCCUCUGGGUGUUGGCCCCGCCAGCAUCCCCCUUGGGUCCUUCAGGACGGGCUUCCUGUGCACCCUCCUGGCUUCUCCAGGGGCACAGCUCUUGUCGCUGCUCUUCAGGCUCAGCCAGGUACCUGUGUCCCACCUGAUGACCACGGGCCCCGCCAAGCGCAGCCACGCCUGCCCCUGGGAGCCACGCCAGCCGGAGCAGUGCAGGCAAAACACAUCGGCCGUUCUCUCUGGGAGAGCCCAGGCCCAGAGCUCAGCCAGGGGUGAUGGGGCAGCCCAUCCAUCCUCCCAGCCGGAGGCCCAUGAGGCUGACCUGGUCCAGCCACCUCCAAGGGAGAAGAGCGACCACUGCGUUCCCAGUUUACGAGGUGACAGUGGUGGCCCCGGCCAUGCGUUUGAAGGACUCGCCAUAUCCCGGUGGCCAAGGGUGUGGCUGCCAUGGUUGCGCUCUGCAGCAUGGGCCAUUUGUGGGACCAUCUCCGUGGCCUGCGGCUUGGGGACAGGAUUUAUAGGAUACAGGUUCGGCCCCACGCAGUGUGCGCAGUGGCUGUGCCUGCUGACCGUCUCUGUGACCUGCUGCGUCUUCGUCACCCAGCCACUCAUGGUGGGCCUGGCAGCCCUGGGCAUCGCUUGGAGGAGGAGGGACGAUGAAAGCUUCUUCACGGAGUCUUUACGAGAGGCCACCGAGGGCCUGGACGCGGACCUGGAGGGGCUCUCCUCCCAUGCGGCCCACGACCCCCGCUGCGGCGAUCCCCACGGCACAGGCACCUUUGAGAGAGUCCUGGCUGAACGACAGCGAGCUCGCCGCCUGCGCCGGGCGCGUCCACCGUCUGCGGCCCGGCUCAGGGUCACCCGGGAGAGGAUGAGAAGACGGACGCGCACCCGGGCGGCGCUGAGAGACACUGGCAUGUGCAUCCUCAUGUUGCUCCUGCACCUGCUCAUAGUCCGCGGGACAGCCUCCCGGGGCGCACACUCCCUCCGCCGGGCCGUCCGGGACGCGUUCACCAGAGGUACCAGGAGCACCUCCAGCAGCCCGAGCGGUGUGGACACCUGGUGGGACUGGAGCCUGACCACGCUGCUGGACGGCCUGUACCGGGACGGCUCACCCACCGCCGGCUCACCGGGCGCUCAGCCCGGGGCUCUUGGGGGAACAUGCUACCUGAUAGGCCCGCCCGUCCUCAAACAGCUGAAGCUCCCUCCUGGCCGUGCGUGCGAGCUUCCCGGGCCACUCUCAGCACUUACUGAAGACUCUCUGCCUACGUGUGACCCCAAAAUCCCCUCCAUGAGAGACGCAGAAAUUCAAAAAGUGGCCCCAAGUGACCCUGAGGCCUGCAGGGAGGACUGUGAGCUCAUCCUGGGCAGGACAAGGUCCACAGCCCGCACAGCCCUGACCGGGCUCCGGGCCCGCCGCUGGGUGGACGGCAGCACCAGGGCCGUGUCCGUGCACUUUCUCCUCUACAACCCGCCCACCCGCCUCUUCUCCAGCGUGUCCCUGCGCUCAGAGAUGCUCCCGGCCCGGGGCCUCGCCCUCUCCUCCCUGGUACAGUCGGUCACCGUCUUCCAUGGAGACUCAGCCCCAAGGUGCCACCUCUUGCUUCCCCAGCUGGCCUUCUUGGUGCUCACCCUGACCCACCUGAGCCUCCAGCUCUUCUGCCUGGCUGACAAGGGCGUCCGCAGCUACUGGCAAAAACCCGGGAACUGGCUGGAGCUGCCCAUCGCCGGAGCCGGCCUCGCCUGGUGCGCAGCCUCUGGCCACCUGCUGUCUCUGGCUGCGGAGGUGGCCGACCAGCUCCACAGGGGGUUUCUGCAGAGGGCCGUGGACCUCAGUCACGUGGCCUUGUGGAGUCAGAGGGCCAGGUGGCUGCAGGGGACCCUCUCCUUCCUCCUGACGCUGAAGUGCCUCCGCCUGCUUGGCUCCCACAGCGCAGUGGCCUCCUGCACCCUGGUGACCCGCCGCUCUCUCUCGGGCGUCCUCGCGCCAGCGCUGGCGGGGGUCCUGGUGCUGGCCGCCGACGCCCACCUGCGUGGAAUUCCGCUCUUCCCCGAGGCUCCCCCACCCGGCACCUUCACAGACGCCGUCCACCGGCUGCUCUUCCGUGUUCCGGGCAGCGGCCGAAGGGGCGCGUCCCCCAGCCUCGCCCGGCCUGAGGGGCGGGCCAGGGCCGGGUGCUACGCCCUCCUCCUCGCGGCGGCCGCCGCUCUGUGGUUAGGAACGCUGAGAGGUUCCCUCGUGGCUUUUGCCCCCAAAAGGAAAUCUUUUCAAAGCCCCUCUCUGGUGGGACCGGGAGACGUGACGGCCUACGUGUGGGGGAAGGUCUGCUCCGCGCUGGGGCGGGAGCGGCCGGCGCCCGAGGAGGCUGAGCCGGCCGGGGGCCAGACCCCCUCCCUGGAUGAAUUUGCCGACCUGGUAGAUGAACUGCUGUUGAAGGUCAACGGUUUGUCCGACCGCCUGCAGCUCCCGCAUCCAGAGCCGCAGCCCUGGGACUCGGUGCCGGCCGGGCCUUCUGAGGACCGAGCUUCCGGGCCGGAAGAAUCAACGGGCCUGCACAGUUUUAAGAGCAAGGUCUUCAGAACGGCCAGAGUCUGUGGGGUCUGCAAGCAGGUUAUCGACGGCCCGGGGGUCUCAUGCCGAGGUGGUGCUGCCCCGCUGCGCCCAAGUCCACCUGGAGCAGUGCGGCCCCCGCCCCAGAGGAGUGUGGCCCCUGCCCCAGAGGAGUGUGGCCCCCGCCCCACAGUGCGGCCCCCGCUCCAUGUGUAUCGGCGACACCAGUCAGCACGCGCGCCCUUCGCGGCCCCUCGCGGGCAUCGCCGGGCCGCGGCUGAGGCGGACAGGCAAGCUCUGCAUCCCCGGGUCAGCUCUCGGACUAACCGGGGGCCCGCGUCCUUGGCCGUCAAGCCUGACACGUAA